AUGUCCGGUAAUCCAGGUAAUUCAUUAAGGGCGUUAUCGCCUACUCCACCUGAACGUGGAUCCUUUCCUUUAGAUCAUGAUAAUGAAUGUGUUACACAAAUGCAAAAAUAUUUAAAUUGUAUGAAACUUGUUGGUAAUGAGAAUGCACCAAAUUGUAGAUUAUUAGCUAAAGAGUAUUUACGGUGUCGGAUGGAUCAUAAAUUAAUGGAUAGAGAUGAUUGGAAUCAUUUGGGCCUUCCACGUGAUAUAGGAGAAAAAGAUGAUAAGACAACAGCCGCCGAACAUAAAGAUGAGCGUUAUUUCGGUGAGGGUAAAUAA